AUGCAAAACGUGGGUUACCCGGCCGAAUUUUCUAAUUUUAGAAGAUACAAUGCAUUUAAUCAAGGACAAAACUCACUCAUACUGGGUGCGCCAGGCUUACCAAGCCAUUUACCCGAAGCUGAGCCGCUUUUACCAGGUCACACAUUGAUCCGACCUGCACUGGGUAUGCUCAAGUCCGCUGUUAAGUUCCCUCACAGGGACUGGGAAGGAGGCGCCGGUGUUUAUGGAAAUAUAAACAACUUGGGCAUAACGUAA